AUGGUAUUCGUCCGCUUAGCUUCUUGGUGUGCCCUUCUGGCCUUGUUCGUUGGCUUGAAGGGAACCAUUGUUGUGAGCUUCGACUACUGCGAUGCUCUUGAAAAGAGCUUGAUGUUUUUUGAAGCACAAAGGUCUGGAAGGUUACCAGCGGAUCAACGAGUCAAAUGGCGGGGCGAUUCUGGACUACGUGAUGGUUAUCUUCAAGGAGUGGACUUAGUGGGGGGAUACUAUGAUGCGGGAGAUCAUGUGAAGUUCGGGCUGCCAAUGGCCUUCAGUGUGACAAUGCUUUCCUGGGGAGCCAUAGAGUUCAGGAAGGAGAUAGUAGGUCUCAACCAAAUGGGACACACCUUGGCUGCCAUCAAAUGGGGAACUGAUUACUUCAUCAAAGCACAUACUCAGCCUAAUGUUCUCUGGGGACAGGUAGGGGAUGGAGAAUCUGAUCAUUAUUGUUGGGAGCGUGCUGAAGACAUGACGACCUCAAGGACUGCUUAUAAGCUUGAUUCGAAUAAUCCAGGCUCAGAUCUUGCUGGUGAAACUGCAGCUGCUAUGGCUGCAGCUUCUAUAUCAUUCAGGCCUUUCAACUCCUCCUACUCUAAUCUUCUUUUGCUACAUGCAAAACAGGUGAACAUAUUUAUAGCACAUAAAGCCACAAAAAUUUCCUAUGACUAA